UCUGUGCUAAACUAUCACGCGUGCACACGACGACAGGCAAGUGACAGGUAGUCGUCGGUCGUUGGUCUACGCGAGCGAAUGGAACGCUUUGCGGCUUACAUCAAACGUUUUCGCUCUUUAGCCUGAGAAAGUUAACGAUCGACCUUCGCCCAUCGGUCUCUCUUUCUCGAGACGGUCGAGAGCAUGGUGCAACAGUGAUUAGUCCGUCGUAUAUCAUCGUCGGUGGCCAACAGCAGUUGCAAAGGGAAGAGCGCGGGGUCCAGUGGUGGGUAAUCUGGUCUCGCAGUCGCAGGCCGCCGCGAGAUGCUGAGAGCCUCAGCCGUCCAGUCCAGCCAAUCACGUAGGGUGCUGCGAUCUGUGCCGAGGGCCGUCGCGGCCUGCUAAGAUGACCGCGCGUUUACACUCGCUGAGGCACCAGGAGAAGAAAUCAGCCGGCAGCAGCCACAGGCAGCACCACCAGCAUCAACAGGCCGUGCAUCAGGGUCCGAGCCCGGCACCGAGCCCCAGCCCCAGCCUCAGCCCGAGCCCGAAACAUUCGGACGGUCGAAGAGCUAACAAACCACUAAUGGAAAAACGACGACGAGCAAGGAUCAACCAGUCCUUGGCGGCGCUGAAGGCGCUCAUCCUUGACAGCGCCCGCCUGGAGAACACCAAGCACAGCAAGCUUGAGAAAGCCGAUAUCUUGGAGCUUACGGUCAGGCAUCUGCAGCGGCAGAGAUCGCUCGCUCAGCCCGGCCUGUCCAGGUACAAGGCGGGAUACCAGGAUUGCUCCAGAGAGGUGAGCCGCUAUCUCGAUGCACCAGACAUCAUCACGGGCAACACCACGCCAAUGGAUCCGGCGGUAAAGCAGCGGCUGCUUCGCCAUCUCGAUAGCUGCGUGUCAGAGCUUGAUCUGGACCUGGGCUCGCGACCGGACAGUGGCCUGGGCAGCAGCCCGGGUAGCGUGACGGAUCGUGUGGCGGGGACGACGAGCCCGGGCCCGUUGGAUCACCACGUGCCGGUUGGACCGCAUUGCAGCGCCGCGCUCACGCCGGCGGGUCUGAUCAAGUCCGAGAUCCCAGAAAUGGUGGAGGCGGCACGACCCGAUAGCAGCACCACCGCUGGCGAUGAGAACAAUAACAGCAGCCGACCGACCUCCGCCUUCAGCCAGGUGAAUCCGGCAACGUUGGACCCGCAUCAUCCACAUCAUCCGUCGGGCUUACCGGUCGAUCAAGCCUCCACGUCGCAACAGAACCCCAACAUGCUCUCGGUGGUACAAGUAAUACCCUCCCGAUUGCCGGACGGCCAGGUGGUCUUUCUACUGCCGAGCCACUACGUGCAAUUGGCAGCGGCGAACAUGUCGCUGCUCAAAGCCACCGACAAGCUGGCGAAGCGACCGCAUGAGGAGAUCGGCCAGGAAUGGCAGGAUCCUACCGGCCUCAAGCCUAGCAAGAGCCCGCGAAUGGAACAGCCAGAGCAGCCACUCGACUUCACCACCACGUCCAAGAAGAUAAAGACCGCUGGUUCGAGAAACUCGGCGCAUUCCGGCGUGGUCGAUCAUCAUCAUCAUCUGCGGCAGCAGCAGCAGCAACAGCAGCAAGCCCGUCUACCGACCGAGACCGGCGGUCCCAUCAUCCACGAGGACAGACCGUCUAGUCAUGCGGAUAGCGAGGUCGCCGUCGGCAUGCCCUCUCCGUCACCAGUCGGCCAGCAACCAGUCAAGGAUGAGGAGGGUAUGUGGAGACCGUGGUAAAGAUCCAAAGGCUCUUUAUCUUUGUAAAUAAAAGUGUAUCUCGUGAAGCGUGCGUGCGAAACCGGAAGUCGUGCCGGUGCGCAGCUGCGAUCGUCGUCUACUGCGGAAAUCUUCCUUAUGAUGGCUACGAUCGGAUCGUGUAUAUUCGAUACGUAUCUGGAUUAUCGGUCUCGGUAAAGCGAAAUUAACGGUUAUUAUUGAGAAUAAUUUUGGAGACGUAAAACUGUCGUAGAUUUUAGAUUAUUUUUAAGGUAGUGCGUCAUUGAAAUUUUUUAAGUCUGGAUACGACUCAAUCUU